GAGUCAGCUGGCGGUCUGAACACGAACGUUGAGAAACAACAGGAGCUAAAACCAGCCCUUGCUCGCAGGAGAGAACAGAGGCGAGAAAACACAGUAAAAGCCUGACCUCACAGUCAGAUUUGCCCGGUGCUUGGAAUGGAAAAAAAAGAACCACGGGCAGCUCGCCGCGCGAUGCAUGCUGGGAUGAGUAGUUUGUCCCGCCGGUCCCGCACGUAAUCAGAACAGAGCGCAAGUUAGCUCCGAGAUCAAGAACUACGAUUCCCGUGGGGCCGCGCGGCGGGGGAGGGGCGGGGCCGGAGGAGGGGCGUCUCCCUCUCGCAGGUUCUAGGGUUGGAAGGAGGCGGAGGAGCCGCGGUCCAACUGCUGAAGUCUCCAUGUGACAGUGAGUGGGGUCCCCUUUCUAGGCGCCACUCCACUUCUGAUCACAGUCACAGGAACCGGCCGAUAUUCCAGCACCGACAGACCGGCUGGCCCUGGACUCUGGGCGUCGGACCGUGCCGCCACCAGACUUGGGGUGCGGAGUGAACGGCCGCCCAGGGGAAGGAGGCGGAGCGGCGCGGCGAGCGGGGCUCUGUGGUGGCGCCGGCGCCCCCGAACUGGCAGACAUGAACGGCUUCACUCCGGAGGAGAUGAGCCGAGGCGGGGACGCGGCCGCCGCCGUGGCCGCGGUGGUCGCUGCAGCAGCUGCCGCCGCAUCGGCGGGGAAUGGGAACGCAGCCGGCGGUGGGGCAGAGGUACCCGGUGCCGGUGCGGUGUCGGCUUCUGGGCCACCUGGAACAGCGGGUCCCGGCCCCGGGCAACUCUGUUGUUUGCGGGAGGAUGGUGAGCGGUGCGGGCGCGCGGCAGGCAACGCCAGCUUCAGCAAGAGGAUCCAGAAGAGCAUCUCUCAGAAGAAGGUGAAGAUCGAGCUGGAUAAGAGUGCAAGGCACCUUUACAUUUGUGACUAUCAUAAGAACCUAAUUCAAAGUGUUCGGAACAGAAGGAAGAGGAAAGGAAGUGAUGAUGAUGGAGGAGACUCACCUGUUCAGGACAUCGACACUCCAGAGGUUGAUUUGUACCAAUUACAAGUAAAUACACUUAGAAGAUACAAAAGACACUUCAAGCUUCCAACCAGACCAGGUCUAAAUAAAGCUCAACUUGUUGAGAUAGUUGGUUGCCAUUUUAAGUCUAUUCCAGUGAAUGAAAAAGACACCUUAACAUGUUUCAUCUACUCAGUGAGGAACGACAAGAACAAAUCAGAUCUCAAGGCCGACAGUGGUGUUCACUAGGAGAGAUGCUGUUCACACUAGCACAUAGAUGUCUGCCUGUAAAGAAUGUUUACUGUUUUUCAGAUGUAGAAAUGUUCUUGUGUAUUUUUUCUACUGAGGAUCUUUUUUUUUUUUUUUGGCUGUUUUUGUUGUUGUCGUUUUUUGAUUCUAAUAAUUAGUUGGAAACUCAUAUAAACUGAGCUUCCUAGAUUGAACAUAUUUUAAAUAAAGGUUAUUACUAUGA